CGCAGAACAUCUUCCGCUGCUCGCCAGUGUUUGGCUUAUUAUUAGCUCGGUCUCCUCUAUGCUCCAGCUGCGGCCGGUGGAGGAGGAUGAAUCAGCUGCUGAGAGUCUUGAGCUGAACCGAGCCGUGGCAGAUGAUGACCAUUUCCUGUUGGCCGAGCUGCUGUCACAGGAACGCUACAGGAAGUGCAUCAAUCAGCAGAGCGGUUGGGGCAUCCCUGGUACCCCAUUACGCAUGGCUGCGUCCAAAGGUCAUCUGAGGUGCCUGCAGUUGCUUCUGGCUCACGGGGCAGAUGUGGACCGUCUGGAUGUAAAAGCCCAGACUCCUCUGUUCACGGCAGUUUGCGGCCGUUAUUUGAGCUGCGUUCUCGCUCUGCUCCGCGCUGGGGCUAAUCCCAACGGCAGUCACCUGAACAACAGCUCGCCCGUCCUCACUGCCGCCCGAGAGGGAGACCCCGAGAUCCUCCGCCAGCUGCUUCAGCAUGGGGCAGAGGUCAAUGCCAGGUCAAAGGUCACGCUGUGGGCAUCAGGGGUCGCUGUUUGCAGCGGGCCGCUUUAUCUGUCGGCUAUAUAUGGACACCUGGACUGCUUCAAAAUGUUGCUGUUAUUUGGUGCAGAUCCGAACUAUAACAGUCCGGAAGAAAAGCUGAACGGUAGGGCCACCCAGCAGAAAACGGUCAUGGAGUUGUGUUUGAGACACGGCUGUGGAGUGGAAUACAUUCAGCUGCUCAUUGACUUUGGAGCAAACGUCUACCUGCCCACUCUUAUUAUAGAGAAAAGCACCAAACAGAAUGAAGCUGUUGAGCUGCUGCUGAAAGAGAGAGGCUGCCCAAAGAGUCUUGCUUCUCAGUGUAGAUUGACCAUUCGCCGACACCUGAUACAGGUGAACAAGAUUCAGUGUUUGGACUCUCUGGAGAUUCCCUUCAGACUCAUCAACUAUCUCAAACACAAGCCUAUGAACACUGCGCUGGUUCACUGACAAACGAGAGCCAAUGCAACUGUGCCUUUAGUAAAGGACAGACUCAUUUACACAUCGACUAAAGCAGACAGUCCACUGCAAUCUCAAAUGGACUGACGCACCGCUAACAAACCCUGGUUUACAUAUGUGGAGUGUUGAACAUCCUCAUACAUAGUUUUGCUUGAUUAUGUGGAGUUGAUACUAGAACUGCUCAUUGUCAUACAGCUCAAUCACAUAGAGCUGCUGUAAGAAUGAUUUUUAUUGAAUCAUAAGUGUUUUGUUAAUCGAUAACAGCUUAAAGGAAGAUGUACAAAUGUUGCUGAUUGUCUUCUUGAUCUUUAUGUGGUAAUUUGUCUAUGAAUACCUUGUUUAGAGGAGAUUUACUGUUCUAACAGGUUUCAUUGUGAAAGUAGCAUGUCAUGGAGAUCUUUCUGAGGUUAAAGACUUCAAAAUGAAGAUCGUCUGAAGGAUUUAGCACACGGCUGUUAAAGUAUCAGGCUAAAAGAUUUAAAAAGCAUACCAGUCUGUGUUAAAUGGGAUCUUAUGGGCUUAUGCAAGUGUAUUUCAACAACAUUAUUGCUAUGGAUGACAGCUGGCUUGCUAGUUUGUUCAUUAAAUGGUUGAACAUC